CAUCCCAUUCCAUCCCAUCCCAUCCCAUCCCAUCCCAUCCCCAUCCCAUUCCCUGACCCCAUGUCAGCACUGCCUCCAACCCGCAGGUCACGGACACGGCAAUGCCUCAUGGGGUGAUGCUGGUGACCGCUGCAGUGGGCAGCCCUUCCAGGCCAUCACCUCCGAUGACAGUGGUCGCAUCUACGCCUUCCGUGGUGGGCUGUCAUUCCGGCUGGACUCCUGGAGGGAUGGGUGGCACGCGUGGCCGCAGGCACACAGCUGGCCGGGCCUGCAGGGUGACGUGGAUGCCGCCUUCUCCUGGGAUAAGCGCAUGUAUCUGAUCCAGGGCUCGCAGGUCUUCAUCUACCUCUCAGGUAGAGGCGGCCACCAGCAGGUCGAGGGGUACCCACGGGCUCUGCAGGAGGAGCUGGGGGUCCCCAAGGCAGAUGCUGCCUUCACUUGCCCCGGAUCCGCAGAGCUCUACAUCAUCACAGGGGACCGUGUGCGGCGUGUGGACUUGACGCAGAGCCCGCGGCGUGCAGAUGAGCCGCAGCCUCUGCCCCACGAUGACGUGGAUGGAGCCAUGUGCACAGCUGAUGGCAUCUACCUGCUGCAUGGGGGCAGCUACCAUCUCUACAGGGACGUGGCUGAGCUGCUGGCUGCCCGCCUGCCCGCAGCCCCCCGCAGCAUCGCUGCCGAUCUGUUCCACUGCGCACAGUGAGCGCAGCCCCCCACCCCACAGGGUGCAAUAAAGGCUAUGGAGUCCCUGCC